AAGGGAGCAGUGAGUAUUUGUGCGCUCCACUUGGAAAUUGUAGUCCUGGAGCUUUUGAGUUGAUUUGCUUGACUGAAAGAGUGGAAGUGGCAGAAUCUAGCUUUCUUCUUCUUGCUGAAAAAUUACUGGAUGUAGGUUACCAUGUGGCAAUGGUGGCUGAACUUCAUCUUGGCCUUGGUAUCCAUAGUUACCCCAACACUGUGCCAAAGUGGAGAUGGCGAUUGGGGUUCAGGCUUUGAUAUCUACUCUGUGAUAAUGGCCACCAAUGACACAAUGCAGGCAGCUGGCGAUGAGCCCGCGAGGGUCAAAAACAGCCACGACUGGACCACCUCAGCAGCGUUCUCACCCUCACCUAUACCGGUGCUUCACCACGAGCCUCAUCCGGACAAGUGCUCAGUCUACUUCAGCACUAACCCCGCUUUAGCUCGAAGGCUGAAGGCCCAGAGAGAGGAACUGGCCUAUCUACAGGCCAUACAGCACGGGAACAAGGCGGUGAUGGAGAACUUGGUGCAGUUUGUGGGGGACGAGCUGGGAGAUCAGCGCUAUGAAGAUGUGAUCAAGGAAAACGUCAUUGGCAUUCAAGAGGACCAAAAGAGCUGCCAUGAGGUGGUAGAAAAAGCAGAAGAGGAUCUAAAAAAGCAGCUGGAGGGAGACGUGCUGGACUCCCUCUCUGGGAUGCAGAAAAUCAGAGAGGAGUCCUUGGCCUUUGAAGACAUGCUUCGUGCUGCAGCGGACAUCGCCAGCAGGCUGGAGAGCUCAGCACAGGCCCUUCAUGGUUCAUUCACCAAGCAAAUGAAAGACAUUGUAAAAAUCCAUCGCUGAGAAAGGGCUGAAAAGUGUUUGAAAAGUGUUUACACGUCAUCCUUGAACUCGUGAAUGGUGUUUGGCAUCCCAUGAGGUCCCAAAUGAGGGAAAUGAACCCCCCUUGCCUUUUAAUAAUCGCAUUUUUAUGUACAUGUGCUGUGCAGCGCCGGGAUACAACACUAUGCAACAGUUAGACUUCACAUCAACUGAAGCAGUCAGCAAAGAUGGAUUGUUUACACCUCCCUUUUACAGAAUAGCCCUAGGACAGAUGAAAUAUUAUUUUCCAUCCACACAUUAUUCAUGGAAUUUUUAGGAGGUCAAACAUGGCAACAGCAUGUGGUGCAGCUUUGAGCUAAGCUGAGUGUUUAUGGAUCAAACUAGAUGGGCCUUCGGAGAACAAAACAUAAUGACUCUGUUAGUCUUCUCCAGAGGAAGCUAUGGGUUGGCCAUCUGGUUCUAGGGUAAGGAUGGAGUCCAGGAUAUAUAUGUGGUAAUGGAGAUUUUGUUUCUGCAACAAUAAAAGAUGGAGAGGACUGGAACAGCUACAAAAGGAUUGGCUUUCUGAAGGAAAAUAUUUUACUAUGUAAUAUUUAUAUGGUUACUAAAUAUCACUUCAUAAAUUUAAAUAGUUCCUGUGAUUUGGAACAAAAAACAGGAUAAACUGUGUAUCUCUGCAAAAAAUGCUUGCACAAUUUUUCACCUUAAGUAACCUGCUUAAACAGGCUCUCUCUUUAAACCUGGCAGGACUCAUAGGAGGGGGAUGCAUUGAUAUUUGUUCAAAUAAAAUAUGUACUACUAUUAUUAUUAUAAUGAGUUUAGAAAAGUGAAAAUAAAUAAAGUACCCUGUUGUGUGAUGUUUUACAUUCUUUUAAACUCAUUAACGUGUUUUCACAGCUUCUGUGCUCAUCAGU